CCGAUGUCUGCAUAUAACCGUCGGAGGACCUUGGCUAUUUGCCGUCACAGUCACACCCACAUCAUACACAGAGCCAGGGAGCUCGACUCUGCUCAUCUUGUGGGUUUGCUUCGUGCGCAAGAUGGUAGGAGCUGCGCACGAUGGCAUAGUUCGCGGCGACAUGAAUGGGUUGGAGAACAAUGGGCACGGCCAGGCGGCUGCGGCAAAGCAACCGCUGCAGAGGGAAGAUGGCGAGGAGAGCAAGUGGUACGAGGAGGAGAUCCACGACGACCUCAAGCUCUGCUACGCCUUGAACAGUGUGCUGCACCGAGGGACAAGCAAGUACCAGGAGAUAGCUCUGAUUGAUACGAAUCAUUUCGGGAAGGCUCUGAUAAUCGACGGGAAGAUGCAGAGCACAGAAGUGGACGAGUUCAUCUACCACGAGUCCCUCAUACACCCGCCGCUUCUCUUCCACCCCAACCCGAAGACGGUGUUCAUCAUGGGAGGCGGUGAGGGCUCCGCCGCAAGGGAAGCACUGAGGCACAAGACCGUGCAGCGGGUGGUCAUGUGCGAUAUCGACGAGCAUGAGGUUGUGGACUUUUGCAGGACAUACCUAAGCGCCAACUGGGGCGCGUUCGCGAGUGACAAGCUCUGUCUGGUCAUCACCGACGCCAGGGCUGAGCUGGAGAAGAGCACGGAGAAGUUCGACGUGAUAGUGGGGGAUCUCGCUGAUCCCAUGGAGGGAGGCCCCUGCUACCAGCUCUACACCAAGUCCUUCUACCAGAACGUGCUCAAGCCCAAGCUCCACGACGGAGGCAUCUUCGUCACACAGGCUGGGCCAGCCGGCGUUCUGACGCACAAGGCGGUCUUCUCCUCCAUCUACAACACCCUCAGGCGCGUCUUCAAGCAUGUAAAAGCCUACACCGCACAUGUGCCAUCCUUCGCUGACACCUGGGGCUGGGUCAUGGCAUCGGAUCAUCAGUUCACCCUCACAACCCAGCUGAUCGACGAGAGAAUCAUCGACAGGAUCGAUGGGGAACUGCUGUAUCUCAGCGGGGAAUUCCUCAUUUCUUCCACCAUUCUCAACAAGAGCGUCAGCCUCUCGCUGUUGAAUGAGACGCAUGUUUACACGGAGGAUGAUGCCAGGUUCAUCUACGGCCAUGGGAGGGGGCACUCUGCUUAACUUGACAAAAGUCCCCCGGCCUGGAGGCUGGAGCCACCAGGACAAAGCUUCAACAUAUGGCGAUGAACGAGAAA